UAUGGCCACGCCCACCACCCCUGUGGGCGACAAGAGAAAGAAAGCCUUUCGAGGUGAGUGGGCAAGCGUGUACUGUUUCGCCACGCAAGGUAGUUGUGCCUAGCACAUCUCGCGCCCAAGGGGAGGGAACCCCUCGGGAUAAAGCCUAAAACAUACUGCAAAUAAGGCCAGUGAGACUAAAAGCCUGCAGCCCAUUCAGAAUUUGACACACUGUGCCCUUCUUUGGUUUCAAUCUACUCAGAACCAAUAUUGUUCUAGACACUCCCUGCCCUUCUAACUGGGCUCUUUAUAUCACGUGAAAGCUGCUGAUUGCUGUCGUUUAGUCUAUGGGUGUGCUCUGACAGUCUCCUGACCCAGUGUGAUUACGCACAUGAACAUAAGUGUUUACUAGGCUCUUUUCGAAGGAAAAUGUGUGGUAUAGUUUUGUCUGUCUGUUUCUGUGACCACGCAAAGAACAGCCAGAAGUUGGACCACCUUGGUGCCAUGCAGACAAUGGUACUAUGUAUGUUCUGCAUGUUGUUGUGUCUUUGCUUUGCUUUGGCCUUAUUGCUGUACAGUGGUUUCAGGUUUUGCCUUUGGUUGAAGAUUUGGACCCUUGAGUUGCCCUCGUAGGUCAGUUGGUAGAGUGCUCGCCUAGAAUGCAGAGUGUUGUGGGUUCGAAUCCUACCUAGCUUCGAAAAAAGAGCCUUACGUAUUUGCUUUGCCUUGCCUCUCUACCUCGUUGAUGACGCAUGUAACAAUAGACCAUGUGAUGCCAAGAGAAAAAAGAUGCGGACUACCAAGAAUUAGAAUGUUUGUGCCUUUACUGAUGCAGCAAGCCAUGUUUUCUAUACAGGUACGCAUUUUUAAAGUUGAUCCAAACAAGAGACAUUCAGUAUAAAUGAAAUUCCGACUACUGGGAAGGACAGGCUUGAAACUGUCUAUCCUUGGAAUGGGUGGUUCCGGAUUUGGAAACGUGUAUGGAAACUAUAAUCAGGAGACAGCAACACAUGCUGUGAAAGAAGCACUAGACAGAGGAGUAAAUUAUAUUGAUACAGCCUACUGGUACGGCCAAGGUCAAUCGGAGUUAUUUCUUGGAAGAGCACUUCGCGGCAUUAAGAGAGAAAAUUUCAUUGUUAGCACUAAAGUGUGUCGUUACGAGCAAGAUUACCCCAAUAUGUUUGACUUUUCAGCAGAAACUGUUAAUAGGAGUGCUUAUGAGAGUUUAAAACGUUUACAACUGGACCACAUUGAUAUAUUACAAAUUCAUGAUGUGGAAUUUGCACCAUCUAUUGCUACAGUUUUGCAUGAGACAUUACCAGCACUACAGCGACUAAAAGAUCAAGGGCUCUGCAGAUAUAUUGGAAUAACAGGCUAUCCUCUCUCUAUAUUAAGGAAAAUAACCGAGGAAAGCACAAUCCCUAUUGACUGUGUUUUGAGCUACUGUAGGCUCACAUUAAACGAUACAUCACUAAUCGAUCAUUUUCAUUAUUUUAACUCAAGAAAUGUGGGGUUAAUCAAUGCAAGCCCUAUUGGAAUGGGAUUACUAACACCUAACGGUGUUCAGCCCUGGCAUCCUGCAAGCGCUGAUAUAAAAUCAGCUUGUGCCAAAGCAAUGGAGUUCUGCCAGGAGCAAGGUGUGGAUAUUGCACAACUUGCAAUCAAUUUUUCAACAUCUUUCAAAGAGAUUACAACCACACUCGUAAGUAUGAACGAUGAUGUCACUGUCGGAAACAACAUAGCUGCUACACUGAACCCCCUUACCAAGCAUGAAGCACAUGUUAGAGACUGUAUCAUCAAGAAGUAUUUUUCUCCACUGAAACAAAGACAUUGGGAAGGUGUGGAGGUUGAAAAAUAUAAAAAACAACUAAUGCAGCACAAGUAAUGAGUGUUUAAUCCCAACUAAGGUCAUUUUCCUGUAGUGUUGUUUUAAUGUCUUUUAUUCUUCGAAGAAAUUUUACAUUUGCAUCUCUGGAACAUGUAACUUGAACACUUGUAGAAGGACGGUCUAUACGAGAAUUAGCUGUUGCUCCGAGCUGCCUGGAUACAAUGCCAAUUUGCUUUGUUUUCAAUUCCAUCUGAUCAGCCAAAUGCUGUAGCUGCUCCUCACUUAAUCCAAAAGCAGCUGGUUGUCUUGUUGUCAACUUCUGUGCAAGUUCCUGAUGCUCACUGAGUAAUACAAGAAUAAACAUUUAAAUGACAGAUGGCCAAUGCCACGAAUUAUUGGAGAGCGAGCGCAAGCAGUUAAACUUUUUGCUCAAAUUUUAGAAUUACGUAAUACGUAUGUGCAGUGCCCGUCACAUACAAAGAAAGAUAUAUCAUAUAGAAACUCCCCGCAUUCUGACGACUAGGUAGGUUCCCUUGCCAAUGAAAGGUUAAUGUUUGUCUGAAUACAGCAGAUGCUGUAGUCUUACAUAGCAAACCAUUAUGCCUGUAGUGUAAAAGGCACUUAUACAUAAGCUAUGUAAUGGCAGUUUAAUCUACUACAAGUUGCCAUGCCAUGUGUGUGUAUAAUAACAUUCAUACCACGGCACCAAAGUUCUAAAUCCUCCAGUGCCAGCCACACAUACACCGAUUCCAACCCCUACCAGCUGAGUUGCCCUGGUAGCUGAGUUGAUAGCGCGCUCAGCCUAGACUGCAGAGUGUCAUGGGUUUGAAUCCCACCUAGGGGAGCUCUUCUUU